AUGGACCAACAAGGAGGAAUCGCUUGCUCUGGCAAGCAUACCGUCGAACCAACCCUGUACUCUUCAGCCGCAUUGCCCCAUUACCAGUACCCCCCGUUGACCAGCCUUGGUACAGUCCGGAUCCUCUCAUUAGACCCUGGCCAACCCGAAAGCCCACUGCGGGGAAAUCUGGAAGAAGCUCACGUCAACUCUCUCAAAGACUACGAAGCACUAUCAUACGUCUGGGCAGAUCCAGGUCCAUCUGAUAGACCACAUGAGAUCAUCAUUUGUGAAAACAAUCAGGAUGCUCUGCUGCCACUUAGAGGAGGUUCCAUCUUUGCCGCUUUGCUUCAGAUUCGACAUCCGGAUCAGAAGAGGCGAGUUUGGGCUGAUCAGUGCUGUAUCAAUCAGGAUGAUCUUGAUGAGAGAAGCAAUCAAGUCCAUUCUAUGGGCAAGAUUUAUGAAAACGCGACUAGGGUCUUGGUAUGGCUUGGCUUAGACACCAACAAGGAAGCAGAGUCAGCUUUCAAUCUGAUCCAUAAGCUUGACGAAGCUCUCAGCACUGAUGCACAGCAUUCUCAUGUCUUAAUCUCAAGAAAUCUCGAGAGGCAAAUACGGCAGCACGACAAGGUACUCCAGGCUUUGACAAGCCGUCCAUGGUUCAAGAGAGGUUGGGUCGUACAAGAAAUUGGAACAGAAACUCCUGCCACGAUGAUCUGGGGAAAUCACAGUAUCGAUUGGAAUACUCUGGCCAGGGUGUGCCAGAAGUUAAAAGGAUACCAUCAACUUCGUAGCACUCUUGGAAUCACUACUUCAGAUAUAUCGUUCCUUUACCGACGAUUUAUACCACCAGACAAGACAACGCACCAUGCCAACCGAUACAACUUCGUGUACGAGCUUCAGAGAUCCCGCCAUCUGCAGUUCACUGAUCAGAGGGAUCGAGUAUUUGCUUUUCUGAGUCACUUCUCGACUCGGGCACUUCUACCUCUUGGCUGCGGACCAAUAUCAAUCGUGGCAGACUAUACGCUCUCUGUUGAGCAGACUUACGUCAACAUCGCCACAAGGAUAUUGCGAGAUCGCCCAGAAGCGGCGUGCAUUACUCUUGCGGCAGUGCAGCAUCCUCAGAACAGUCUACCUUCUAAAUGCGAUGAUGUCAACCUUGGAAAUAUUAUGAAGUUGCCUUCAUGGGUACCUGACUGGAGAUGGUCUGAGGGGAUCAUUUUGGCUGAGCCAAUAUGUCCUCACCGAGCUCAUCGUAAUUCUACCGUCAAGAUGGACAUAAUCGAGAAUGAGAGUGUGCUACAGAUACACGGUAUCAGUAUUGAUACUAUUGAAGAAUAUUCCAGGCCAAUGCUCUCAAGCGACUUUUACGGAAAAGCCGACCUGGUAGAACACCUCUGGCAGGAUAUUUGCCGAAAGACAAGGUUCAAUCGUGUGGAUAAGUACUUGAACGGAGACUCUGCUUUCUUUGCGCUGAUGCAGACGCUCAGCAACGCGUGUGUUCAGGCAACGGGCCACGAAUGCAAACAAUAUGAUUCCGUUCCUGAACAGACAUGGUUACAAAUGGCAGCAAAGUUCGUAGUGGAAACGUUUGGUAGUUUUGCAGUAUCAGAUGACAUUACGAAACAAGCAGAAAAGAUACAGGACGAGAAAGAACAUGAUAAAUGGAGUCGGUGGGCAACUUCCGCGUCAGACGGACGAGUAUUUGCACGAAGUAAGAAGGGCUAUUAUGUACUAGGGCCAUCGGCAUUGGAAGCCGGUGAUGUGUUUUGUGUUUUAUUUGGCUGCAAGGUUCCAUUCUGUCUGCGUCGCGCCGGGGAGAGGUAUUUACUGGUUGGUGAGUGCUAUGUUCAUGGGUUGAUGAAGGGAGAGGCGAUGGAUAUGCUGACUGGGGGCGAAGUCGAAGAGCAGGUUUUCAGUCUCAUGUAG